ACUAACCUUCUCUCCUCCCUAUAAGAUGCCUCGCAACUCCAUCUCACCAACUCCAUUUCCUCCUUUCUUUGCUUCCAUUCAAAUAUCCCCCCCACUUCUUCUUCUUCUUCUUCUCCUCUAAUUUCCAGGUACCAUACAGGCUCCACAAUCAUACAGCGCUAACCCCACAGAGUCAGCACACCAAACCGCUCCAUCAAAGUCAAAAAUGAUAAUCAACGUGAAAGAAUCGACACUCGUGCCGCCUUCCGAGGAGACACCGCGAGUCGGUUUAUGGAACUCAAACGUGGACUUGGUCGUUCCGAGAUUCCACACUCCGAGCGUCUACUUCUACAGGCCAACAGGCGCUUCAAACUUCUUCAAUCCGGAUGUCCUCAAGGCGGCGCUUGGUAAGGCUCUGGUGCCGUUUUAUCCGAUGGCUGGUCGGUUGAGAAGGGAUGAGGAUGGUCGGAUUGAGAUUGAUUGCAAUGCCGAAGGUGUGUUAUUAGUUGUCGCUGAAACAAACGCGGUUGUUGAUGAUUUUGGUGAUUUUGCUCCUACUUUAGAGCUCAAGCAACUUAUUCCCACUGUUGAUUACUCCGGCGGCAUUUCUACGUUUCCUCUAUUGGUUUUGCAGGUGACACACUUCAAGUGCGGGGGAGUUUCUCUUGGUGUGGGUAUGCAGCACCAUGCAGCCGAUGGAUUUUCUGGUCUUCACUUUGUGAAUACAUGGUCAGAUAUGGCUCGUGGUCUUGACUGUACGAUUCCACCAUUCAUCGACCGGACCCUCCUCCGUGCCAGAGACCCACCUCAGCCUCAGUUCAACCACAUUGAGUAUCAGCCUCCUCCAGCCCUGAAGGCUUCUGCAGAAACCUUGAAACCAGAUAGCACAACUGUCUCCAUUUUCAAGUUGUCUAGGGAUCAGCUUAACAUUCUUAAAGCCAAGGCAAAGGAAGAUGGAAACACUAUAAAUUACAGUUCGUAUGCGAUGUUGGCUGGUCAUGUAUGGAGAUCUGCUUGCAAGGCUCGUGGACUUACUGAUGAUCAAGAAACCAAGUUAUAUAUUGCAACUGAUGGACGGUCCAGAUUGAACCCUCCACUUCCACCAGGUUACUUUGGCAAUGUGAUCUUUACAGCAACACCAAUUGCAGUAGCAGGUGACCUAGAAUCAAAGCCAACCUGGUAUGCUGCAGGAAAGAUUCAUGACGCAUUGGCUCGCAUGGAUAAUGAUUACUUAAGAUCAGCUCUUGAUUUCCUCGAGCUUCAACCUGAUUUAUCUGCUCUUGUUCGUGGGGCCCAUACUUUUAAGUGCCCAAAUCUUGGGAUUACCAGCUGGGUUAGGCUACCGAUCCACGAUGCAGAUUUUGGAUGGGGCAGACCCAUUUUUAUGGGGCCUGGUGGGAUUGCAUACGAGGGUCUGUCAUUCAUCUUGCCAAGCCCCACCAAUGAUGGGAGCUUAUCAGUAGCCAUUGCAUUGCAAUCUGAACACAUGAAGCUGUUCGAGAAGUUCAUCUAUGAACUUUAAGAAAUUGAGCUACUGGCAAUAAGUCGAGCCAGUCCAUUUUCACAAAAUACCUGAUUUAUUUUUUUCUUGUACCCUGUAAUUCCUCGCUCGUUUUGUAUCCUUCAUACAUGGUUAAAUUGAGAAUGACAUUAAAGAGAAAAUAUACCUUCAUGAGGGCUAAUGCUGUACGCCUUUGCACAUAUUUAUGGACUUUUUAGAGGGCAAAAAUCAUGUCUAAUAUUUAUAUAAUAACUUUGUAUUUCUUUUGACUA